AUGAAAAGAAAAUCUCGAAAUAGGUUUGGUGAUCAAAGAAAAAAUAAUCGGAAAAAAACAUAUGUUUGUGAAAUUUGUGGACAAGCAUUCUCUGGAAACAGUGAAUUAACAAUACAUAAUCGUACCCAUACAGGGGAGAAACCAUACAAAUGUGAGGUGUGUGAUAAAGCGUUUUCUGUAGCCCGGUAUUUGACUGAUCAUAAAUGGAUACAUAUCAAGAACAAGCCACACCAAUGUCAGUUUUGUGAUAAAACGUUUUCUAAAAAGAGCAGAUUGAAUUUACAUGAGAGAAUUCACACAGGGGAGAAACCAUUCCAGUGUGACAUCUGUGGUGAAGCGUUCUCUCGUAAUAGUUUACUGUCUGUCCAUAAAUGGUCCCAUACGGGCGAGAAUCCAUUUUGCUGUGAAAUCUGUGGUAGGUCUUUUUCACAGAAUAGCUAUUUGUCCCAACACAUAAUGACGCACAUUGAGACGAAACCGUUCAUCUGUGAAAUCUGUGGCAAAACGUUUUCCUUCAAGAAGAACCUGACCUACCACUCAGUGACCCAUUUAGAAAAGUUGCACCACUGCGACAUCUGUAGUACAUCGUUUUACUGUAAAAACCAUUUGACUAAUCACGAAUUGUCGCAUGUGGGUGACAAACUGUACAGUUGCAAUUACUGCGAGGAGACUUUCUGUCAGAGAAGCCUUUUGCACCGACAUAAGCUUGCUCACCCAGAAGCGAAGCCGUCUUGCGCAGUUUGCGGGCGGAAGUUUUCUAACAAACGAAAUUUAACUGUGCACCUGCGAAUUCAUACCGGGGAGAAGCCAUACCACUGCGAGAUUUGCGGUAAGUCAUUUGCAGCAAACAGCAAUCUGACACGACACGUUCAGAUUCACACAGGAGAAAAACCGUACCAUUGUGAUAUUUGCGGUAAAUCUUUCUCCCAGAACAAUUUAAAACGACACAAUUUUGUCCAUACAGGGGAAAGACCUUUCCAGUGUGAAAUUUGCGGCAGAGCGUUCACUUUUAAGACAGAUUUACAUAAACAUAGCUGA